AUGAAAGAAAAUGAUAAGUACAAGCUGAAUGUAUUAAGUGUCGAAAAUACAAGCUCGGAUGAUUCUUUAAAAAAUAAACGAAAAACGCGAAAGGAAACUAAUCCAUUAGGUUAUAUUGCUUUGUCUGAAGAACUUAAAAAUGAUAUCGCAAAACCAGAUAAACCAAUAACAAAAGAAGAGGUAGCUAAACAUAAUAAAAAAGAUGAUGCUUGGGUAAUUUAUAAAAAUAAAGUAUAUGAAGUUACCCAUUAUCUUAAACAUCACCCGGGAGGAAAAAGAAUUUUAUUAGGUAAAUCCGGAAAAGAUGUCACCAAAUAUGUUAAUAAGAUGCAUCCUUGGGUUAAUGUAGAAGAAAUUUUAAAACAUUCAUUUAUUGGAUAUUUAGAAGAAUAA